UCCAAUGCUUAUUAUAUUACUUCGCAGAAAGUUCCAAGGAUCUCUCGAUAUUGUCGAUCGAUCGAUCCGUUUUCAAUUAAUGGUCACGGUCAAGUUAAUGAAACGUUGGACGAAUUAAUUCGGAACGAGGAAAAAAUUGACAGAUCGAUACGAGAGUAAUUACGAAUGGGAAGACGUUUGUUUCUAAUGGCAACGUGCGCCGAUAGAUCAAACCGUAUCACGUGUUUCAAUACAGCCAGGGCCGCUUUUACUUUAGAGGAGACGUUCAGUUGCUCUCUGAAGACGGUAACAUGAUUAGUUUCGCAGCCACGUGCCCGAGCAUGAAUUCACUAGUUUUUCCAAUAGAACGAGGACAACAUCUCCGGUUUUAAUUUAGGUUUAAAAGGUCGCCCAUAGAAACUCGUGUGAAUUUCUUCUCGUUCAAUGAAACGAAAUACGUUGAAUCGCGAAUUGAAUAUCAACCGUAUGAGAUUGAAUGUGUCAAAGAGGAGGCAAGAAGAGCUGACGAGGUGAAAAACGUGGAUACUCAAUGGCGGUACCAGCGAAUUCUUUACGUUUUUCUAUCAACGAGAGGCCGACGAUCUUGGCAAAGCUAGAGGAGUUCACCAACGUGUUGGCUAUUUACCACGGUACAUUGGAGGAGUCUGUCCCAUCCCACGACGACCUCCUCGACUGUCUCACCCUCGACACUGAUGAUUUUCAAACGGUCGACGACGGAGAGAUUAAAGAGGCCAGGGAACGCGUCGUCAGAAGAAGAAUAUAUGAGAACAGUUUGUACAUGAUGAACGUCAUGGAAGAAUUGAAAGCGGAGAUCAGCGAAGAGGGAACGUUCACGAUUUUGUCUACAGAGAUUGACAAAAUAACGACACGCGAAGAAGAGAUGGGAGUUCUACUGUCAGAGCAGGAGACGCUGAGGAACGCAGUUGCAGAAUUGCAGAAUGCGGUCGCAGGAGAGAAGUCGACGAACGAGGGGGAGAGGAAACGGAUGCUGAACGAGCUCGCAGAGGCACAGCGUAACGUGGAAAAAUUGAAAUUAAUCGCGGACGCGGAACUGGAGUACGUAACCGAGUGGGAAAAAACGAGGUACGAGCAGAGCUCUUUGCGUCGCGACAUGGAGAUUGAAAAAUUCGAGAAGAUAUUAAACGAGCGACGCACGCGAGAAAAAAAUCAGCUGACUGUUCACGGCGAGCUAACGAAAUUCCUGAUCCUGGAUACCGCGGCUAUAGAAGAGAGGACCAGGGAAUGGGAGGAGCGGUACGUCGGCGAGAAGGAAGCGUACAAGAAAGAGAUCCUGCGGCUACGUAUCGAGAUAGAAACGGUGCAGAAAAAGUUGGACGAACUCGAACAAGAGUACCGUUGUAAUCAGGAGUUCAUAGACGCGUAUCUGGCGGAGAAGGAAGCGGUUGAGAGGGCGAGGGAGCGGAGAGAGCGCAUGGAAAAAAGCGCAAUCAAGAUUCAGGCUUGGUGGCGAGGCGUGAUGGUGCGCCGGAAGUUGGGGCCGUAUCGACCGGCCGAGAAAAAGAAGAAGCGUCCCAAGACCAAGAAAUGACUCUUCAACUAAACGAUCGUUUACUCUUUACUCGCGAAAUUUCAUUCGAUCCACGUGUGCUUUUCCUCGAGAGCGAUCUUUUCCUAUCGCAGUCUGAGAAUAACUCGAGGGCUCGAUUAAUGCAAUUGUAUCUGGAAAAUGCGACUUAGAAAUAGAUGCUGACAUUUCUGUCUAUCUCUGUUCUCUCCUCCGUAUUUGAAUUAAAAUAGAAGACCAGGAGGAAUCUCGUAUUACGAUUGUAUUUUUUUUUAAUCGAAAGCCGAACACUGCACGUCGGGUGAAAAUGACGUCGCAAUUUUAUAAUUUAAAAGGAGCAAUUUGCGAGUAAUUCGAACGCGAUCGACUAUGAAAUUAAAACAGAGUGUAUCGG